CGUUAUUAGGAACUUUCAUGACCAAUUUAGCGGAAGCUUGCCGAUGCAUGCGCCACCUAUAUACGGCACUGAACAAGGACAAAAAAUAUUGAUGCUUCUUAUUGCUUUAUUUAACCGUACCUUUUACAUAUUCUGCUAGGCGACGCAGUCGUUUGCGCUUGUUUAAUCUUACGUGAAUUGUUAUGGUGUUAAGUUACCACAGGGUGUUGUGGAAGUGGUACGAUUUCUCAGCUGGGCGAAGACGUGCCUAGUGAAAGCGGCGCGCGGCGCUCCGAAGGCUCCGAUACGUAGAAGUACAGGCGAACAUCGAGGGAGGCACUCCUCCGAGCGUGAGCAGCCGUGCAGUUUUGACGCGGUGAACAGUGGCGGCGGCGCCGACGCGGCGUGAUCCCUUUCAGCGGCGCGCCCAGGCGACGCUUUCGACGCUACGAGGGGUGAGCGACUUCAUCGAACAGCCACUGCGUCGUCUGCCGGAGACAUUCUGCGGACGCAAGAGCAGCAACAGCUGCUCCCUCGCGCCCGAUAUCGCCAUAUGUUGAGUGCCUCGUCGCCGACUCGCCGCACCGUUUUCAGCGCGCGCCUAAGCUGUGCUUCGCGAGAGGCUUCAGGUAAACUGCGGAAUGGUGAUAGCCUCAUUGUGCGCUCAGAGUGCGCGAGUGUGUGCCCGGUCCUGCGCGCGGUGGUGUGUUCGGCGGACGCACCUGGAUUCUGUGAGCUUCACUUGUGUGUUUCAAAGUGGCUGAGGUGGAGGCGGAAGAGGGGAACCGUACUGCGCAACAGCGACUUCAGCCAAGGGCGGACCCAUCAACGACGGCAGCGGCCACGUUUUUUUAACUCUUCCGAAACAUCGUCCCGACAUGACAGCGAUACAGCGCUCAGAGUCGGCGACCUGUGAGACCUCGAGAAGCAGAGACGGCGGUGGCUGCUGCUGCCAGGAGGAGUCCUGACCCGGCGGCCGUUGCAGCAGCAGCAGCAGCAUCAGCGCGGCCGGCGGCCAUGUGGGGCCUCGGGUGAUGGGACCCCAGGGGGGAUCGAUGGGCUCCAGCGGAGGGAGCCCUGCCCGGGACGGCCUCAUCUGGGACACUGAGAACCCCGCCGUGCCGGGUUUCUCGCUCCGCGCUGCCUCCCUGGACGCCGCGCUCAGAUUCCUCAUCGACUGCUUCCUACCCAUCGGUGGCCUGGAGGACGACGACAACCGGUUUCCCUACAUCUUCCUCCUCAUGCACCAGUGGUUCAUCAAAUCUGAGAAGCUGGCACGAUGCCUUGUCGACCAAUACAUGACCAGCAAUACUCAGCAUCGAUGCGUGUUGCCAUGUGUUCAUACCCUGCAGCACUCAACGCACUGUCCUAUUUACAAGCACAAGGCACAGGUGUGCCAGGUGUUCAGAUACUGGAUGCUCAAGUUCCCCCAGCACCUGGAGGCCGAGGGCGUGGUGGCGCGGCUGGCGGCGCUGCAGUCGCGCCUCCGCCAGGAGGGCCACUCGGUGCUGGCCGACCUGGUGGACCUGACCCGGAGGCCCUCGCCGCGCUCCGAGUGGGCGCGCGCGGUCUCCGUGCGGCUGCCGCUCGCCAAGCACACGCGCAAGGUGUCGCUCGUGUUCGACCACCUCGAGCCGCGCGAGCUGGCCGACCACCUCACCUACCUGGAGCACAAGGUCAUGAAGCGCAUCACCUUCCUGGACUUCAAACAGUACGCCGAGCAGGGCACGCUGGCGGAUAACCCUCGCCUGGAGCGCUCCAUCUCGCAGUUCAACGGCCUCUCCCAGUGGACGCAGUGCAUGGUGCUCUCGCGGUCCACGCCGCAGCAGCGAGCAGACGUCGUCACAAAGUUCGUCGACGUCGCCAAGAACCUGCUGGAGCUGCAGAACUUCAGCUCCCUGAUGGCCGUCGUCGGUGGACUGAACCACAGCGCGCUGGCGAGGCUGUCCCAGACGACCACCUGCCUGUCGGGGGAGACGAGGCGGACGCUGGCGCAGUUCGCCGCCCUGCUCUCUUCGGCGGGCAACUUCUGCAACUACCGCAAGGCACUCGCCGAGGCGCGUGACUUCCGGAUACCCAUCCUUGGUGUGCACAUGAAGGACCUGAUCUCGGUGCACGUGGCGCUGCCGGACGUUGUGGACGGCAUGAUCAACCUGCGCAAGAUGGCGCAGCUGUCGCACAUAUUCCAGGAACUCUGGGAGCUGCAGCACUCGCCUCCACCCCUCGACGUCAGCAUGGACCUCAUCAACACGCUCAAGCUCUCCCUAGACACAGCCUACACCGAAGACGAGAUCUUUGAGCUUUCUCUUGCCAGAGAGCCAAAGGCACCCAUGGUAUCUCCGUCGAAGCCUCUCGCUAUGGAAUUUGCAUCCAGAGUCCCGGAAGGAACUGACCUAGCUCUGGUCGAGAAACAGAUCUGCGAUAUGGUGGAGGAGGUGUUCCACGAGUACGACACGGACCGCGACGGCUACCUGAGCCCCGAGGACGUGGCGGCGGUGACGGGCCGCUUCCCUGCGUUGCGGGGCCUGGUGCCCGAGGAGUGCCAGCGGCGGCUGCUGGGCCGUCACGACAUUCGCCGUUUCCUGCUGCGUUCCAACUGGGCCAUGUUCCGACAUGACUUCCACGAGACCACCUACUUCCGGCCCACCUUCUGCAUACACUGCACCGGCCUGCUGUGGGGCUUGAUCAAGCAAGGCUUCAAGUGCAAGAAGUGCGGGAUCAACGCGCACAAGCACUGCCGAGAGCAGGUGCUCGCCGAAUGCCGGCCACUCACGCCGCAGGGUCCGGUGAGGAGCUCGUCCUUCUCCUCUACAGAGUGGAGCGUGCCGAGGCCCAGCCGCCACCAGCACCAACAACACCAACAGCAACCGCAGCAGCCGAGGCGCUUCAAGCAGAGCCGUUCGGAGAGCGAGUCGGCGCCGCUGGUCCAUCGGACCUCCGACACGCGCUGGAAGUCGGAGGACGGCAGAUCGACGGCGACCCAUUCGUACGGCCAGACGGUGCGCAACACAUGAUGCUUGUCGUCAUGCCACGAGGACCCUCUUUCUCUGGGCCGAAGGUGCCACACCGCAGAACUGCUUGCCCCCCUCCCUCGUUCCUAUGCUAGCCCGCCCACCUGCCCCAUUUUCCUGCUCACCUUGACGACUGUGUCUCCAGUGUUGUCUCCCCGAUGAUGGAUGCUCUCCGAAGACCUCUCCAGAACCACGGCCCCUCUUCUGCCAUUUUGCGUGGCGCGACGCGUGAGUUGUUCUUCGUACCUGCGACUCGGGGUGCUACGGUGGCCCCGCCGAACCUGCGUCGGCUGCCGGGCUCCGCCUCGGCUGUAUAGCGUGCGCCUCGGCAGCGGUCGGUUGUGCGUCUGCCGCCGGUUUGCCGAGCGCCGCAGAAGCUGAUCCAUGUGUGCCUCACAUCCUCCAGAGUGCGCUGGUGGGCCGGGUGGUCGAAAUUCUCGGUUAAGAAACUGAAAAGUUGAGAGAGCCGUUUAUGACUGAUAAUAACAAAUACAUGGCUUAGCAGCAGGAAACUCAACUUACCGGCCGUUCGGUGUAAAAAUAGGAUGUUGUUAUUUCUUGGCAGCUGCAUAAGUAAGUGCGCAUACUCUGUCGUACUCUGUCAGUACCAGGAGCCGCAGCUGCGGCAAGAAGUGUCAUAAGCGACCGGGCUUUCUUUUAGUUGGGCCACACAUUUCUGAAAGAGACCGUAUGCGUAACAUAGUGACAAA